UCCAACUACGAAAAUGAUACAGACUAACGACUUCUUUCCCUUUGGCCAAAUGUGGUCGGUUUCCAGCCUGCUGGACUUCACACCCCUGACUGAAGCUCAAAAGAAGCAUCUAACAUUGGUAUACGCUACACUGGCAGCCAGCGCGCUAGUCACUGCUGCUGGUGCGGCAUUGCCUAUUCAGUACUUAAACAUACACACAACCAUACUGUUAGUAGUAUGUUUGGGAACGAUGCUGUAUGUUCGCCACGCUCCGCAUGAUACAGGAUCAUACGAAAAGACUUCUAGUGUCGAUAGGAUGAUUGCGCUUGGAAUCAUGGCCUUCGCUCAGGGUCUGUUGUUGAGGGAAACUGUAUACUUUAUGAUGCUCGUUAAACCAGAGAUCGUAACAACUGCCUUGUUUGCUACGAUUGCCACCUUUACGUGCUUCACUUUGGGAUCACUGGUCAUAUCUGCCAGAAUGGUACUCUACAUUGGAGGCAUGGCAUUUUCACUCUUUUUCUACUUGUUUUUGGUCUCUCUUGCCAACAUUUUUAUUGGCUCUAGCUUUGUCAGUUCCGCUGUUGAUGUCGGUGUGCUAGUAGCGUGUUGUGGGUUCGUUAUAUUCAACACACAGCUUGCCAUAAAGGAAUUCAACAAUGGAAGUCACGACUACCUGUCUCAUGCAGUCCUGCUCUACAGUGACCUUAUCCAAAUGUUCGUGCAGUACAUGAUGAUCAUGUACAAAAAAGAAGAAAGGAAGGACAAAAAGAAGAACAAGCCACGUCCAUUGUUCGAGAACUACUGAAGUAAACAUAUAGAAUACCACGCGCUAAAAUGCGCGUUGGCC